GAGAGAACCAACUGUGAAUUUGCAUUUCAAGUCACUCAGCGAUGGUCUACGAAAUUGUUCAAUAAUAUGCCAUGAUUCAUAGCGUUGAGAUUUAUUUGCAUAUUACUUAUCACCGCUAUAUCUGUCCACAUGCAUAAAGUGACAGGUUCCGCGUCUUCCUUACGCAGGAAAGUCUCCUUCGAUCUCGAAAAUCUGACCGAUGAUUCAGACAUUGAAGACUAUCGGGACCGCAAUAUACCAGAUUGGACAUUUCGGAGUUCGAUAUCCAGCCUACCACCACGAAAACGCCGGAACUAUGCUGUUAUUACGAUUCUCAUACUACUCCCGCCCGCAGCCCCCAAAGGCCUAUCGCCGUACCUAAACUACGAUGCCAUUGACUGGUCACGAUAUGCUUAUACACAAUAUGUCACCGAUGAGCAAUUCCUUUGCAACUCAGUUAUGGUUUUUGAGGCCUUGCAUCGGCUAGGCAGCCGAGCCGAUCGAAUUCUGUUCUAUCCGAACCAUUGGGACACGUACGUCUCGGGAAUCAACGAUCGCGUGAGCCAGCUUCUUGUCCUGGCUCGCGAUAAAUAUAAAGUCCAGCUUGAGCCGAUUGCCAUUGAUAGGCUUCACGAAUCCCUAGAGGAUCAAUCUACGUGGGACAGCAGUAUCACCAAACUUUGGGCCUUCCGAGAAACAACCUACCGCCGAAUCUUGCAAAUAGACUCGGAUGUAUUGAUACUACAGAAUCUGGACGAGUUGUUUUUCCUACCAUCCGCGCCGGUGGCGAUGCCGCGAGCAUACUGGGAUUAUUCGAACAACCAUCAACUUACCUCUCUUAUGCUACUUGUCGAACCAUCCUACAUCGAGUAUAAGUCUAUGAUGGACAAAGUUCAAGCCGUCGAGGCUGGUCAGCUUAGCAAAGAUCAAAACGAAGGACAUGCGCUAUACGAUAUGGAGUUGCUCAACGAUCGGUUCGGCAACUCCGCUCUCAUUCUUCCGCACCGACAAUAUGGCCUUGUCACGGGUGAGUUUCGCACUAAGGAUCACAGAAACUUUCUCGGGAAUGACUACGAGACUUGGAACCCAGACAAAGUGUUGAGUGAAGCCAAGCUUGUUCAUUUUUCAGAUUGGCCAUUGCCAAAACCAUGGAUUAUGUGGCCGCAAAAACUACUUGCUGAGAUUCUCCCCAAGUGUGACAACAAUCCGGGCACGCCACAGGAGAGCGGCUGUCGUGACCGCGAAGUAUGGAAACAGUUGUAUGAGACUUUCCGCCUGACACGCAGAGAUGUGUGCCAGCUCCUCAGCUUUCCUGCUCCGGAGUGGCCUCCGAAACCACGAGAUGGAUCGAACAAGCCAACCAAACAAAAUAAAAGCAAGGGCAAGCCCGUGGAGAAAGAUGACAAAGAUGUCACAGAUACCAUAGAUGCCACAUUGUCAGAUUAAAUUUUGUAUAUCAUGUCUAUAUAUAGCAUUGGCACGGAUGGCGCUGGGUUUUUUUUUCUUUUCUUUUUUCAGUCUUUUUACAUAGAGUCAAAGACCAAAUUACGCUGAGUUGAGAGGAUCUGCAUUCGUAAACAAUAUUAUUGUUGGCCUCUGCCCUGACCCAUAGAGCCAGUCCCUCAUGACGUCAUAAGGCAACACACCAUUUGAUCAUCCUAGCCCUAAAGCCCUUCGUCACCCCAGGAGAAUAUUCC